UAUUGGGAUAAUGGCAACAGCAGUCGCACCCCUGAGCGAUUCUAUACGUGUAUUCACAGCAAUAGUCCGGAAUCAUCGACAGGUAUUGAGGGUUUCUCUGGCUAGUCGCCUGGCUCUCGUUCGCCGCCCCAUCCACCACCGUUCACCUUCCGUUCCGGCGAUAUUUUCCCCUAUUCCUUCUUUGCUCCGACGUUAUUCUGUAGUGUCUCACGCUAUGAACGGUAAUACCACCACUUCCAAUGGAGAGGGCAGUCCACUCGGCAACACCGCUGCUCCUGGGGCUGGGACAAACCCACCUCCAUCUAACACUGUUAGGGCUGUGAUAAAGGGGAGGGUGCAGGGGGUUUUCUACCGAAAUUGGACCAUAGAGAACGCCCAACAGUUGGGUCUGAAAGGGUGGGUCCGCAACAGGAAGGACGGUUCCGUGGAGGCUCUCUUCUCCGGUGACCCUGAUUCAGUCCAUGAGAUGGAGAAGCGCUGCAGGCGUGGUCCCCCUGAUGCCAUGGUCACCUCUCUUCAAGUCUUCCCUUCCAACGAUGACCCUGGUCCAGGUUUCGAACGCAGGCCCACCGUCUGAUGAUCCUCAGCUCAUUCUCUCUCUCUCUCUCUCUUUCUCUCUUUCUCUCUCUCUCUGACUCGUUUUAUUCCUUAAAUUUUGAUUGUAGCCUUUAUAUUUCUUCUUAUGAUCGAAAGAAAUCUGUUUUGUAGUAACUAUGUUAUAUAUUUAUAAAUAAAGAUAAUGGUGGGAUUUGUUCAACAAA